GCUCCGCGGCGACGCUGCGGAACCGUCUGCGGCCCGGCGGGAGCCCGGCAUCCCUCGGGGUGCUGAGCUGCCGCCGCCUGGCACUUGCAGGCUGUCGGGUCACACGUGGGCAUGAGCUCAGGCCGCGCGCGGGCCCUCAGUUCUCGAGCUGGUUUCUGCCUACCGGGUGUCUGUGUAAAAUAAUGAGGGCGAGCGGAUGGUGAAACUAUGACCGCCCUUUGUCCUUUGAAAACGAAAUAAAGUGGUAGAGCCAGAGGAAAGGGAAGAGUUAAUCAUGGAGGAGGAGGGACGCAGCUCAGUCCUUUGCCUAGAGGCCGCUGGGAAAGUGACGUCCUGUAGCAUUUGCUGUUCUAGAAAGGAAAGCUAAGUUCAUUUCAAGGCAUUCGAAAUGGGGAAAGACUAUUAUUGCAUUUUGGGAAUUGAAAAAGGAGCUACAGAUGAAGAUAUUAAAAAGGCUUACCGAAAACAAGCCCUCAAAUUUCAUCCGGACAAGAACAAAUCCCCUCAAGCAGAGGAAAAAUUUAAAGAGGUCGCAGAAGCUUAUGAAGUAUUGAGUGAUCCUAAAAAGAGAGAGAUAUAUGAUCAGUUUGGGGAAGAAGGGUUGAAAGGAGGAGCAGGAGGCACUGAUGGACAGGGAGGCACCUUCAGGUACACCUUCCACGGUGACCCUCAUGCCACGUUUGCAGCCUUUUUUGGGGGUUCCAAUCCCUUUGAAAUUUUCUUUGGAAGACGGAUGGGUGGAGGUCGAGAUUCUGAAGAAAUGGAAAUAGAUGGAGAUCCCUUCAGUGCCUUUGGAUUCAGCAUGAAUGGUUAUCCAAGAGACAGGAAUUCUGUGGGACCCUCCCGUCUCAAACAAGACCCUCCUGUUAUUCAUGAACUUAGAGUGUCGCUUGAAGAAAUCUAUAGUGGCUGCACCAAACGGAUGAAGAUUUCUCGGAAAAGAUUAAACCCUGAUGGAAGGAGUUACAGAUCUGAGGACAAAAUUCUCACCAUUGAGAUUAAAAAAGGGUGGAAAGAAGGCACCAAAAUUACUUUCCCGAGGGAAGGGGACGAAACACCAAAUAGCAUCCCAGCAGACAUUGUUUUUAUUAUUAAAGACAAAGAGCAUCCCAAAUUCAAAAGAGAUGGAUCAAAUAUAGUCUAUACCGCUAAAAUCAGCUUGCGGGAGGCAUUGUGUGGCUGCUCAAUUAAUGUGCCAACAAUGGAUGGAAGAAACAUACCUAUGUCAAUCAGUGAUAUUGUGAAGCCUGGGAUGAGGAGAAGAAUUAUUGGAUAUGGGCUGCCGUUUCCAAAAAACCCUGAACAACGUGGUGACCUGCUAAUAGAGUUUGAUGUGUCCUUCCCAGAUUCCAUAUCUUCAUCAUCCAAAGAGAUCCUUAGGAAGCAUCUCCCUGCCUCAUAGAAUAGGAAGAACCUUGCUACCCGUAUUUUGAUAAGACACUGAAAAUAUAAAAGGAAUGGCAGUGGACAGAUGUGACUUCUGUAUAAAGAUGUGUAAACUCUUCUGAGGAUUCAUUAAAUUGCAUGGAUAGAGACGGGUCAAAUAGGCAAAGUGGAUUUUUAUAGCAGAGAUGAAGAAAAAAACCUCACUCACUGUAUUGUAUUUCAUUUCUCUCAAAUCAGAAACUUAGUAUUUCAUUUAUAAGUGAAAGCUGGUUUUGUGGUCAGUAGAUAUACUUCUAGUAAAGUACUAGAUCAUCCAAGUACUUUAUUGUGUGUGUCUUUAAAUGACCAAUGUGAUAGACUCCCUUAGUAGAAAUUACAAUCCUUACCUGGACAUGUAAUAUGUGGAGGAGAAUAAAAGUCAAAGUACGUGGAAAUGCCAUCUAGGUCACCUUCAGAAAUGCUCUUUGGGGCUGGUACCAGUGAAGAAUGUACUGAUGCAUAUGCUUUGCCAUUGUAACUUCUCAAGUAUGCCGUUGCAUUUCUUAAGAGCAUGGUUGUAGUGUUCUUAAAGCAGCCCUUUUCAUAAAAAGAAAAUGAAUGACAGUUCAUCUCCUGUGGAAAUCCCAAUAGCCUGAGUUACUGAUAGGUUAGCAACAGACCGUUUUUAAAUGGCCACCUGUACUUUUAUGCAAGUUUGACUAAAUAUCUUGAACUGAAUACAGUAAGCUCAUUUUGUUGUUAAUUAGAUUAUGAUGAUUUGUUUAAUAACAUUUGUUUAUAGAGAAAACACUGUUACUUGGCAUUAAUUUUCUAUUUACAGUCUCUGCUAUAUGUACCUUACGUAAUUUUCCUAAGAACAGUGAGCUACCACUGUGGUAUUAAACAGAAUAUGGACAGAAUAGACGCUGCUGCUCCUCAUGGGUCAUGUUGCUACUAGUUAUUAUGCAUAUAAAUAUCUUACUUUUUUCAUGUAUAUAGAUUGUGUUUCUUAGGUGUUUUAAUUUUUUAAAUAUAUUUACAUUUAAAAAUUA